AUGAGUGGAGGUGGUGGAGAAAUGGAAGAGAGACUGCUAAGUGGGUCAGAGAUAGAACAGAGGAGAGAGAGUCUCUACCUGAGAAAGAAAAUUUGGAGUGAAGUAAAAAAAAUGUGGAGAAUAGCUUUACCAUCUACUUUGUUCAGAGUGAUGUCGUUUGGCUGCAUAGUGGUGGCUCAAGCCUUCAUUGGUCACAACAGUGAAAUGGGUCUCGCUGCAUAUGCUCUCCUUCAAAGCACUUUCAUUCGUUUCAUCUAUGGUGUUAUGGCAGGUAUGUCAAGCGCGACGGAGACGCUAUGUGGACAAGCCUACGGAGCACAACAAUAUCACAUGAUGGGGAUCUAUCUACAACGUUCUUGGAUAGUAGACACAUUUACAGCCACCCUUUUUGUCCCUUUCAUAGUCUUUGCUGGUCCCAUUCUUCGGUUACUAGGUCAAAACAUUGAGAUCACCAAGACCGUAGACGAGAUCUACCUUUGGGUCAUCCCUUAUCUAUACAGCCUCGUAUUCACCAUGACAAUGCAAAUGUACCUCCAAGCGCAGAUGAAAAACGCUAUCAUAGGCGUUCUCUCGACCAUAGCCUUGGUCUUGGACAUUGUGGCCACUUGGUGGUUCGUGAGAGUGAUGGGGAUGGGAAUCCAUGGUGCGCUUCUAGGACUUAAUCUAAGCUCGUGGUCAGUGGUUAUAGCCGAGUUUGUGUACGUGUUUGGAGGGUGGUGCCCGCAUACUUGGACCGGCUUUAGCACUGCUGCUUUUGUUGAUCUUAUUCCCAUGCUCAAGUUAUCCAUUUCCUCUGGCUUCAUGAUUUGCUUGGAGUACUGGUAUAUGAGCAUCAUCGUCUUAAUGUCAGGAUAUACAAAGGAUGCAAAUAUUGCAAUUUCUGCGUUUUCCAUAUGCCAAUAUACCUACACAUGGGAGUUGAACAUAUGCUUAGGCUUGUUGGGUGCAGCAUGCGUAAGAGUAGCAAACGAAUUGGGAAAAGGAGACGCAGAAGCGGUGAGAUUCUCAAUAAAAGUGGUGCUUGUGGUAUCAGCGGUGAUUGGUGUGAUAUGCUCUGCUCUUUGUCUAGCGUUUGGUGGUCAAAUUUCGUAUUUGUUCUCUGAUAGCCACCAAGUUUCAAAGGCAGUAGCUGAUCUCUCCAUCGUCCUUAGCAUAUCCAUACUCUUAAACAUCAUCCAGCCCAUUCUAUCUGGGGUAGCUAUUGGAGCAGGGAUGCAGAGUAUGGUAGCAUUUGUGAACUUGGCAACUUAUUAUGCAAUUGGUGUUCCUUUAGGGUUCAUCCUUAUUAACAUUUUCCAUUUUGGUGUUAAGGGACUCUGGUCUGGAAUGUUGGCUGGAGUUGGUAUCCAAACGUUGAUAUUGUCUUAUGUUAUUUACAAGACUGACUGGGAAAUGGAGGUAAAGAAGACGAAGGAGCGUAUGAAAACAUGGACUCUAAAGUUACCUUCUGCAGAAUCAAGUUCUACUAUCUCGAUGAGAGAUGAAGAGAGGAAGUGAUUAUAUAUAUAUAUAUAUAUAUAUAUAUAUAUAUAUAUAUAUCUAGUUUAAAGAAAAUCUAAGAAUAUUCUUUUUGUCUUUUGAAAAAGAAUAUUUAUGCAUGGUAUUCUGUGUUUUUGAACUCGUUUAAGAAAAUGAAGUACCUUUGUUGAGAUUGCAUUAUUAGGUUAAUGCAACUCUCAUAACUUUGUAACGAGGUUAAUAAGGUCGAUCUUUCUUUUAUACUCGUACAAAAAAAUUGUUAUUCGGAUUUUUGUUUUAGUUUAUCUUUCUUUUGUCUACUUUAUAUAUACCUUGAGUUUUGACUGUGGUAUGUACUUUGGUUGUGGAAAAAAUGAUUUGUUUGAGUACUUGUAAACAUGGGUUUUGACAAAGAGCUCUUAUGUAGUAUAUUUCAAGGAAGUUUUACAAAAAAAAGCACAUCAGUUUAGCAUAUACACUGAUAUCAUUCCAAUCCUUACACAACGAUUUGCUGUCUGUCAGUGGAUUUCAUAAAUGUCAAGUGAUUAAGUGAUGUCUCCGUGGAAAAAAUAGCAAACCGUUAUCUUGAUGGUAAAAUACACAGAUAACAAUCCAAUCCUUACACAUGUAGUUUGUUAAUAACCUUUGCAUCAGAGAUUCUAUUUGAGAACAAAGAUAAUGAAAGCAAUGGCGACAUCCUCCAACACAUUUUGUUUGCAGUAUGUUUUCUUCACUUUGUCUUUCUUUACAAUUGAAAGAAGGUUUCAUUGUUAUUUGUUG